AUGGAACUUCGUCGCUCUCGUCGACCGCGUGCAUCUCUGGAAGAAUCCCCAGAUAUCGAAGCUAACAUGGGCUCUAGACCUAGAAGACUCACACGGUCUUCUGCAGCUGCACCUCCAGCAUCAGUGACUGUCUCCCGAUCUUCUGAGGAUCCACCUGGAGAGGCCACUAGAACUCUCCGUCUUACUGUAAAAAUGCCCGCUGGCAAGUUGCGCGAGGCUACAGGUGGCCGUGCCGCCCGUCGCACAGUCAAUGUAUUCCGAGAAAAUCCCAUUGUGACAGGGCCACGAACCAGUCGCAACAAGAGGAAGAUUGUGGAAGUUCCCACGUCUGAUGAUGAUGAUGACGACGAUGACCUCGAAGACCAAGAAGAAGACGAGGUCGAUGAUGAGGAUGCUCCCGGAGAAGAAGAAGAUGAGGAUGCCGAUGCCGACGGCGACAUGGAUAUGGACGAUGUUCCCCCUCAGCCGCCAGUAAGGCGAGCCACGAAAGCAGCUGCAACCCGUGGAAAGGCCGCUAAAAGCGUCGAGGCGAAGGAGAUGGAGCUAGAGGAGGAAGAGGAAGAAGAGGACGAGAUUGACGAGGAUGACGACGACGAGGCCCUCUCCGACACCGACACCGAUGCGGAGGGUGAGCUCGAUGACCAGGAGGAGAGUGCCAUUCCAGAUGUCAAUGUUGACGAUCUCGACGAAGAGGAUGAAGAAGAUGAGUUGGAUGAAGACAUGGACAGCGAUGCGAUGGCCUUGAACUCUGGCAAAACCACCAAGCGUCAACGCGGCAACCUUGGCAACGAUUUCCUACAACUUCCAAUGGAACCUCAAGUGAAGAAGCACCUGACGGCCGAGGAGCGCGCUAUGCGUCGAGCCGAAAUGGCCCGUCGACGUAAGAAUCUAAGCGAGAAGCGGAAUGAGGAAGAGAAGAUGGACACUAUCAACCGCCUUCUCAACAAACAGCCGCCCAAGCGUCGUGGCCGACAGGCCGCCGCCGACGGAGCAGAGGCCACUCCCGCUGAUCAAGAGCCCGCCGAGCCCGAGAAGGCCGAUCCGACUAUGGUCCGCUGGAUCAGCAAUAAAUCUGGCUGUAAGGUCAACGUGCCAGAGGAGUGGCUCGGCACCCCUGCUGGCCGAAUAUUCGGUGCACCCAUCGCAGCUGGAAACGGCAAAAUGGUGGAGGAAAUUUGA